CAGCCCUCAAUCAUUUGACCAUUCCCCUCACGAACCCGUGCGUCCGUUUUCAUUACUCACUCACUCACCCCGCUCGACCAUGCGUCAUCAGUGACGGGACAUAGCGAGGAACAACGUUACAGUCUUAACAAGCAGGCACGCAGCCAAGCGCUACAGAGUAUGGAUGAACAAAGGCUGCGAAAGUUUCCCAACGGACAGAGAUGUACCGAAUGCCGUGCGCGAAAGUACUACUCGGAGAAUGGACGAAGAUAUUGUCAGCGCGGUCAUGAAGUUGAGGGGUACAUCCAAUUCGACGUCGACGAAGACGACAACUACGGUAAAACCGGUAAGGUAGUGCGCAAAGAAAAAGAAGUGCGCGAAACCGAGCGCAAACAUCUCUCAGGCAACGACGCCAAGGAACUCUACCUCGACUGCUUGCAGAUCAUCUUGCGCAAACAAAUCCUCUGGCUGAUCCGCGAAAAAGGGUUCUCGGACGAGCUCGAGUCUAUCUGCCGCGAUCUCUGGGACCUACGCAUCCGCAAGUUCAUUGGUCUCAAAAGCGUUUCCAGGGCAUCAUCACUCCAGGCGAAAGGAAAGGGGAUUGAUCACGAUGGAACGGGGUCGCAAUAUGGUGGCGGUGGUGGUGGUGCGCUCUCUCAGUCGGGUUCCGAUAGCGAGAUGGUCAUGUACAGCUCGCAGGCGGAAACGACGGAUACGUCGGCUGAUGAGAGUGUGAAGAGCCAGAGGAGGAGGUCAAGCAGGGUGAAGGAUUGGGAGAGCGAGCUGUGGGAUCUGCCUGGCCCGAUGGAAGUGCUGGCGCUGAUUUAUAUGGGGUGUCUGCUCAAGCAGGAGCCGGUGAGGGUAGGGGAUAUUUAUCGGUGGGCGAAGAACAACCAGUUGCCGUUUCUUGGUGCGCUUGAACUGGUGCCGAACGAACUACGAGAACGUUUACCUGGCUGGGCUCAGCGCACGCUAUUAACACGAUGGGCAAAGUUUGACGGAAGCGAGCUUCACAAGUCGUUGUUGACCUUGACCCUAGGUUUUAAGAAGAACUAUGGCAUGGUAUCACCACCACUCCCAGCACCGUCACUCCUCAUCUUAUACCUCAAAGAUCUGGCUCUACCACCCGAGGUACACCUCCACGCCCGACAAAUUUGCCUCAUGCUCAACCUCUCCUGGACCUUCCCAACGCGCCAAAACAUUAAAGACGACGCGUCUUCCUUCACCGGCAAGACCUCUCGCUACACCCUCCUCGACAUCCCAGACGUGCUACUAGUCGCCUCUCUAGUGCUAGCAACCAAGUACAUGUACCCCAUGGACGGCGUCAAGCGGUAUCCACGAGACAACAACGACCCAUUAACGUUGAAGAUGGACUGGGAUGCUUGGGAGGCUGAGUUCGCAGAUCCGCCCGAGAAGCCGCUGAGGAGGCUCGACUUUGCGACCAUGGAUGCGGAGAAGGUUUGGACUUUGAGUAAGGAGCAGAUGGUGGAGUAUUUGGAUUGGUAUCAGGAGACGCAGCUGAAAUCAUGGAGCGCUGCUGGUAUGUCUUUCUCCUUCUCCUCCUUUCCCUCUCAGGGUGUCCGUCAGAAUGCAAACGAUUUACUGACAGACACUUGAAAACAGACGAAACCGAAAUCGAACGUCUCUUCCCUCUCGAGAACGUCCUGCGAUUACCGGAACCCGGCAGCAAAGACAUGACCGAUGAGCAGCUCAUUGCUCGGAUGCAUCGAGUGCAAAAGUCGAUGACGCUGGUUGAACCGAGGCCUGAGACUAAUGAUGGGAAGAAUAUCAAGAGGCUGGGUGCACUUCAUCAGCGGUUUAGGUCGGUUGAGCAACUUGGAGAAUCUGGACCUGCGAGAAGGUUCCAUGAGAAAGCAGCGGAGAUCUCGGGGCUGUCACUGAAGGCUUUGGUGAAGGCGGUUUAUAGUCUGGAGGAACUGUUGUAUGGUUGGGAGAAGAGGGAGAAGAGGAAGAUGAGGUUGGGGGAGGUAUGACUUGCUUUGAAUACUUGCCUGAGCUGUUUCUCGGGAUCAAACCAGUAUGAGACCGAUACUGUGACAGAAGAUAUCCAUAUUGAGCAUUAGAAGAAGAGCACAAAUCG